AUGAAAGGAGGUACUGCUGGGAAGUGGGCAUAUGAGAAGACUAAAGUAAUAGACAAUGCUCAGUCCCAAGAAGGUUUUUGGGCUGACUUUGUUUAUGAAUUUAGGGAAGUGUUUGCAGAUCCAGACCCCUCCAACACAGCUAAGCAUAAAAUGCACAUGCUCAAGCAAGGCAGACAGACUGCUGAUGAGUAUGUUGCUAGCUUUAGGGCUCUGAUCUCAGAUACUGGGUAUAAUGAUGCUGCUUUGGUAGACCAAUUCAAGGCUGGGCUCAAUGAAAAUCUCAGGAAUGCAGUCUACUAUGUUCCUGACAUGCCCAAAACCUUGGAUGGAUAG